AUCUAUACAUAAAUUUAAAUUUAGCGACAGCAAAAAAAAAUACAUAAAUAUCUCAAACCACAGCCUUGAUUGAUUGGUUUCUUGUUUGCAAGAAUGAAUGGCGGGUAAAAAACACGGUCAGGGACACGAAGAAGAUAUCAUCAUAUCAAAUCAAAACAUGCUCCUCCACGGCCACUGCCCGCCGCUGCCCGCCGAAUCCCAAUCCCAAUCUCCGGCAAUAAACACCCCACAUGUUACUCAUCUCGCAACAUUUCUUCCAUUACUCAACUCCACCACCACCGCCACCGCCUACGCGGCGGCGCUCGACGCCUGCAGCCGCCUUGAGCUCGGCCAACAGCUGCACGCCCAUCUCCUCAAGGCCAGCCUCCGCCGCCGCGAGUUUGUGCAGACGAAGCUGCUCCAAAUGUACGGGAAGUGCGGCCGUACGGACUAUAUGGCUCAGGUGUUCGACGAAAUGCCUGAAAAGAAUCUCUAUACUUACACUGCCAUUCUCAACGUUCUCUUGCAGGAGAAUCUCUUCGAAGAAGCUUUUUCCUACUUAGAGAGGCUAAUCAACGAUGGGGUCGGCCUUGACUUCUUCAUCUUUCCGGCGGCAUUCAAAAUCUGCCGCGGCUGCGGCGGGGCAGAGCUGGGGAGGCAGUUGCAUGGUGCCGCCGUGAAGGUCGGGGCGGCACGCCAUGCAUACGUAGGAAAUGCAUUAAUUGACAUGUACGGAACGUGCCGGAGCUUCGGCAACGCCGAGAAGGCCUUCAGGCACAUGCCAAACACCGAUUGCGUAUCGUGGAAUUUGAUGAUCAUGGCUUGUGUUCGUAACGGGAAGUUGUUCGAAGGGAUAGAGGUUUUGGAUGAGAUGAUGAACUUGAAGGGGAGUUUUUUGAAUCCGAAUCACACCACAUGGAGUGCUUUGAUUGGUGGAUUGGUUAAUCACGGAUACGACGAGGACGCCGUUGGGGUGUUGAGGAAGAUGGGUCGAUCGGGAGUCGAACUGAAUGCCCGGGUUUUAGGAGAUGUCGUUGCCGGUUGUUGUAGGUUGAGGAAGGCGAGGCUCGGGGAGGAAAUCUACGGGUACAUUAUGAGGCGGGGAUAUAUGUCGAGCACAUAUCUAGUGAACGGAGUGAUCGAUCUUUAUUGUAAGUGCGGCGACAUGGGAAGGAGUUUUGAGGUGUUUUUGAGGUUUUCCGGGAGAGAUGAAGUGUCCUUUAAUACGAUGAUUGCGGGAUAUUGUGUCGAUGGAGACGUCGCAAAGGCGAAGGCUUUGUUCGAUGCAAUGGAAUAUGAAGGGGUAUCGAAGGGGUUGAUUACUUGGAACUCGAUGGUUUCGGGGUACGUCGACAACUUAAUGUUCGACGAGGCUGUAACGAUGGUAACGGAGUUGAUGUCGGAAGGCGCGAUCGAACCCAAUUCGUUUACGUUGGGUAGUGUUCUACACGGUUGCGCUGAGACGGGUUCUCUACGACUGGGAAAAGCCGUCCAUUCCUAUUGCAUAGUCAGAGGUCUCGAAACGAACCUGUUCGUGGGCACUGCAUUGGUCGAUAUGUACUGCCGAUGUCGGGAUCUCGAAGCUGCGGAGAGAGCGCUGCGCUGGGUGCCUGAAAGGGACGUCGUUAUAUGGAACGCCUUGAUUUCGGGACAUGCUCGUUGCGAUAAAAUCGAUAGCUUAAGACGCAUAAUGCAAGAGAUGAGAGACGAUGGGUUUGAACCGAAUGUACAUACCUGGAACAGGGCGAUUGCGGGAUUAGUCAAGAACAGCCAUCACGAGCUCGCGUUGCAGUUAUUUUCCGAUCUCCCGGUGAGGCUGGAUAUCUACAGCGUAGGAAUUAUUUUGCCUGCGUGCUCGAGGUUAGCUACCGUGGAACGCGGCAAGCAAGCGCACGGAUUUGCAAUCCGGCGCGGCUAUGAACGGGACGAGUACAUUGCAGCUGCCCUGAUAGAUAUGUAUGCGAAAUGCGGGUUAAUAACAUACGCGAAACAGGUAUACAAAUGGGCAAACAAUCGAAAUCUGGUAAUCCAAAAUGCAAUGCUAAAUGCAUACGCCGUGAAUGGAUUUGGAGAGGAUGGAAUUGCCUUCUUCCGAAGAAUGCUAGCUGACGGAGCUAAACCCGACCGGGUGACUUUCCUCGCUGUUCUAUCUUCGUGUGUUCACGCAGGAUCUGUCGAAGCCGGACUUGAAUUCCUCGACAUGAUGGCGGCGUAUGGGGUGACGCCGGGAUUGAAGCACUACACGUGUGUAGUCGACUUGUUAAGUGGCUCGGGGCAGCUCAAACGAGCGCACGAGAUAGUUGAGGAAAUGCCUGUGGAACCCGACCCUGUGAUUUGGGGCGCGGUUCUUAAAGGAUGUAUUAGCCGCAGGGAGUUCGACCUGGGAGAAAUAGCUGCACGUAAACUCAUAGAGUUAGAACCGGAUAAUUCGGGGAACUACGUAAUGCUGGGUAACUUAUAUGCUUCUGCAGGGAAAUGGCGUCAAUUCGGCGAGCUAAGACAGCGGAUGAAGAACGAGGAAAUGCAUAAGAUUCCGGGGUGCAGUUGGAUCGAAGACAAAGAUGGAACACACGUAUUUACGGCAUGCAGCAGAUCUCAUAAGCAAGCGAAGGAGAUUUACGACAUGUUGGAUAGCUUAACAGCGCAUAUGAGAUUAGAACAGAUAGAGCUUUAAGUUAAUGUAAAACUUACAGCU